CAUCCACUCAGUGCAGGAUGAUUCGUUCACUGGUACUAAUCGUCGUUCUCGGCUUAGCCGCAAGCACCCGACUGCAUCGGGGCAGACCGUUGCACAAGCAUGGGAUGCUCGGAGAGCCUCGAUCGACAUCACGGCAUUCUUUCGGUGAGGCUGAAAUCCGCUGGCACACCCAACGCAUGAACCACUUCGAUCCAGCUGAUCGUCGUACCUGGAAACAGCGGUACAUGGUAAAUGACGAAUUCUACCGAGAAGGUGGCCCCGUUUUUCUGCUACUCGGAGGAGAGGGCGAAGCUUCGAUUUCUUGGGUCGAGAAAAAUACUCACGUCAUGCUGAUGGCGAAGAAGCACAACGCUCUCGUAUUCCAACUCGAGCACCGCUUCUACGGUCAGAGCCGUCCGACCUCGGAUCUGUCGACGGAGAACCUGGUUUACCUAUCGAGUGAACAAGCGCUAGCGGACGCCGCACACUUCCGUAACGUGAUCACCAACCGAAGAAACCUGUCACCGGAUGCCAAAUGGGUUGUUUUCGGGGGCUCUUACUCUGGAUCUCUCGCUGCAUGGUUCAAACUGAAAUACCCGCAUCUGGCGGUCGGUGCCGUUGCUUCUUCUGCUCCUCUACUGGCCAUAAUCGAUUUUCAAGAUUACGUACGGGUGGUACGCGAUUCUCUCGGCAGCAGUUGCAGUGCCAAAGUGAAGGAUGGCUUCCAGGCACUCCAAGUCAAAGCCGCGCGUCGGUCGUCUUGGCCGGACAUCGACAACGAGUUCAAGACUUGCGUGCCUUUCGACGGCUACAACAGCUUGAACUUGCAGAACUUCUUCCAGACCAUCGCCGGAAAUUUCGAGGGGAUCGUGCAAUACAACAAAGAUCAGAGGAUGGAAGGGCGAACGAACAUUUCGAUCGACGAUUUGUGCCGCCUCAUGGAGAACGCCCCAACUCCUCUGGAAGGUUUAGCGUCUGUCAACGACCUGCUCCUCGAGUCCACAGAUUCGAAAUGCCUGGAUUACGACUACGCCAAAUUCGUUCGCGAAAUGAGAAACGUCAGUUACUCCAGCGUCGCGGCAGAGGGCGGACGGCAAUGGACUUAUCAAACCUGCGUGGAGUUCGGAUUCUUCCAGAGCUCCGACGCUGAGGACCAACCUUUCGGUGAUCUGUUCCCGGUCGAGCUCUUCAUACAGCAGUGUCGAGAUAUUUUCGAUGAUUUCUUCGAUCAAUCGAUGUUGGACAACGCGAUUUUCCGUACAAAUACCGAGUACGGAGGUCAGCAGCCGAAACUCACAAACGUGACCUUCCCGAACGGUUCCAUUGAUCCAUGGCACGCACUGAGUAUUCUCAAAAACCUAUCAGACUCGGUGACGGCUCAUUUCAUCGAGGGAACCGCCCACUGCGCGGAUAUGUAUCCGCCCUCCGCCGAGGACGACGAAACGCUCACCGCAGGCCGUCAGAAGAUCGAAGCAGAGGUUGCCAAGUGGCUACAGUGAGGGAACUCCAUUGCGACCGCAGCUCAGAAGUGGUUUCAAGUCAAUUGAAUUUUAUAAAAUACGCGCAAAUAUUCGCUGUCGAUGAUUCGGAAGAGAAUAAUGAUUGUCGUUCUCUCUUACGCU